AUGUGAGCAGGCAUUACAUAAUCAGUGUUUCACCAGGAAGAAGACAGUCCCAGGCGACCCUGCAGCUGCUGGUUUAACUCUCUCUAACAAUGUGGCUUUAUAAUUUUUUGCUGGGUUUUGACCUCAAGGGGCUCUUCCUGUUUAUUUUCAUUUUCAUCCUUAUAGCAGACUUCCUCAAAAACAGGAAUCCUCCAAAUUAUCCUCCAGGACCGAUGGCUCUCCCCCUUGUGGGGAAUUUCUUCAGUGUGGACAGUAAACAUCCACACAAAUAUUUUACCAAGUUGGCUGACAUCUAUGGCAACGUGUUCAGCGUCUGCCUUGGUAGUGACAAGAUGGUGUUUGUGUCUGGGUACCAGAUGGUGAAGGAAGCCUUAGUGACACAAGCCGACAACUUUGUGGAUCGACCAUACAGUGCAAUUGCUGACAGGUUUUACUCGGGAGACACCUGUGGUCUGUUCAUGAGCAAUGGUGAAACAUGGAAAAGACAGAGACGCUUUGCCUUGUCUACAUUACGUACCUUCGGCCUGGGCAAAAGCACCAUGGAGCAGAGUAUCUGUGAUGAGAUCCGAUACCUGCAGGAGGAGAUAGAGAAGGAGAAAGGUGAACCUUUCAGCCCAGCAGGCCUCUUCAACAAUGCUGUGUCCAACAUCAUUUGCCAGCUGGUGAUGGCAAAGCGCUUUGACUACAGUGACCACAACUUCCAGAUCAUGCUGAAGUAUAUAUCUGAAGCUAUUCGGCUGGAGGGCUCUGUAUGGGGUCUGCUGUAUGACUCAUUCCCCGGAGUGAUGAAGCACAUGCCAGGUCCUCACAACAGAAUAUUCAGCUACUACAACACCAUCCUCGACUUCAUCAAUGAGGAGAUAAAGAGCCACAAGAAGGACCUGGACCACAGUAAUCCCCGGGACUACAUUGACGCUUUCCUCAUUGAAAUGGAGAAGCACAAAGAGACUGACCGGGGCUUCACUGAAACCAAUCUGGCUAUGUGCUCUCUGGAUCUGUUCCUGGCUGGAACUGAGACAACUUCCACCACUUUGCUGUGGGCUUUGAUUUACCUCAUCAAAAACCCUGAGAUCCAGGACAAAGUCCAGGCGGAGAUAGACAGAGUGAUCGGACAGACCCGACAGCCCAGUAUGGCAGACAGACCCAACCUGCCCUACACUGACGCUGUCAUCCAUGAGGUCCAGAGGAUGGGAAACAUUGUUCCUCUCAAUGGACUCAGAAUGGCCGCCAAUGAUACGACACUGGGUGGUUACUUCAUACCCAAGGGUACAACCUUGAUGCCCAUCCUGACCUCUGUGCUGUUUGACAAUACUGAAUGGGAGACUCCAGACACCUUCAACCCCGGACACUUCCUGGAUGCUGAGGGAAAGUUUGUGAAGAAAGAAGCUCUUCUUCCUUUCUCUGCAGGGAAGCGUGUGUGUCUCGGAGAAGGCCUCGCCAAGAUGGAGCUGUUUCUGUUUUUGGUUGGUUUACUUCAGAAGUUCACUUUCUCUGUUCCUGAUGGAGUAGAGCUGAGCACAGAGGGAGUUAGUGGAACGACACGUGUACCUCUCCCCUUCAAGGUUUACGCCAAGGCUCGCUGAAUUUUGUAACAUCUCACUGUGUCAUUUUUCAUCUAAACAAUGGGCAACACACAAGACUAAGCAAAAUGCUUAAAGGGACAGUGCACCCAAAAAUGAAAAUUCAUCCAUUAUCUACUCACCCAUAUGUCGAGGGAGGCUCAGGUGAAGUUUUAGAGUCCUCACAUCACUUG